AUGAACAUACCUGCCACCACCACCUUUCAUACGACCUCUUCCGAACAGCAACUCUCCCCUGUUGCACUGGCGGACUCCUCGGCCGACGUUGGUAAGUCCAGUCUGAGUCGCGUGAGCGCAACAGGCAGGACACGUGAUGGCCAGGUCAUCGACACCCGCCAAGCACCACUCUGCGCCGUGCGGGGGUCGCGUGAGCGCAUCAUUCGAUCCCGAUCCGAUAGCUGACGUGCGGCCUGCCAUAGAUGAACCCCCUAUAAAGGGUCCACUCCCCCAGUUCAAUACCCCCAAAUCGUUUUCUCCAAAUCAAGAUCAUUUCCACAAUGAACACCCCAGUGCUGCUCCCACCACCCUCAUCGGCACCGUCGAUGGCGAUGACGAGCAGCAGCAGCCGCCACUCUACGCGCGCUUGCGUGGUCGCUUGCUGCAGUCCCACGCGACCCCGGAGCGCAGCGCCAGUGUCCCGAACCUGCGUACCGUCUCGAGUGAUGGAUCAGACCCUCAAGUAACUCCCGGAGUGGCCCGUUCCAGCACUUCACUCUCUGCCGCGGCCGCAAAUUCGACCGCGCCCCUCUACAAGUCAGCCACCUCGGCGCAGGCGCAGGCCCAAGCCGCUGCCGCCGGGCGUCCGAUCCCCUUCACCGAAGUGCUCCUCACGCCCAAGAAACCAGUAGGCGCCCCUCCCGGAUGGAAAUUGAGCUUCAUCAACACGUUGCGUUACUCGUACCUCAACAUCCUGCUCGUGUUCAUUCCUGUGAGUUCGCGCUGCUGAUUCUGUAGCCCACAUCUCGCUGCCACGCGCUCAAGUACGCUUCCUCGCUACCUCGCUACAGAUCGCCUGGGGCAUGAACUGUAAGUCUCUUUGUACAUCGCUGCGCAACGUUGGUCAUUGGGAUAUCACUCACUUUGUCACUCUUUUCCAACAGUCUCACACCAAACCGCCGCUGUCUGUUUCUUCACCUCCUUUGCUGCCAUCGUCCCCUUGGCCGCGCUUCUUGGUUUUGCGACGGAGGAGCUCGCUCUUCGCGUGGGCGAUGCACUUGGUGGUCUUCUAAACGCCAGUUUUGGAAACGCUACCGAGGUCAGUCUACUGUACUUGACUGUCCCAUCGUGGGCUGUAUUUGACUUCUGUUGCUUGUCACUGCGCAGUUGAUCAUCUCUAUCCUCGCCUUGGUUAAAGGCGAGCUGCGCGUUGUGCAGUCAAGCAUGCUUGGCAGUAUCCUCUCCAACUGUUUGCUCGUGCUCGGCAUGUGCUUCUUCGCUGGUGGUCUUCGCUUCCACGAACAAGGAUACGAGUCGCGGUAAGUAACCCAGACCGCUGCCACUGUGCCGCCCGGCCACCCUCCCUAAUCUUCGAUCCCACCUUUUGCACCGCCUCAGCUCUGCGAACCUCAACAUCAACUUGCUCGGUGUCGCCAUCUCGUCCAUCAUCAUCCCAGUUGGCUUCGUCGCGUUCGUGACCGAUGACAAUCUGCUCGAUGCUGCAACGACCGCUCGCGAUGUCAUGUCCAUCUCGCGCGGCGUGGCCAUCCUGCUCUUGAUCACCUACAUCGGCUACAUGUUGUUCCAGUUGUGGACUCAUAGGUCAGUUCGAGAUCAGAGCAUUGGUUUCGACUAAACACUUGGUGCGUUUCAACUGAGUCGAAGGUCCCUCCGCUCCUCAGCUACCUCUUCGUUCCCGUCGUCCUCGAGCCCGGAGAAAAGCGUCGUCCCAUCGCCGCUUACAUUGAAGGGCCUCAGCCUCCUACCGAGGGCGGCGUGUUCCGUAUUCCCAGUCUUCCUAGCUGGGGUGGUAGCUCCUCGUCGGCAUCGUCCGUCCUGUCGCGCGUCGAGACGAACAGAAGCGACCAUGAUGCCGAGGCGCAGAGCAUGCAAGACAAGGACCACAACACGCCUCGCCUCAGUGUCGUCUACGCCUUCGUGCUUUUGCUUGUCGUCACAGGUUUGACUGGUUACACCGCUGAGAUCUUAGUCGGGUCGAUUGACGGACUCGUCUCGACGACCUCGCUCAACCGAGAGUUUGUGGCGCUCAUCCUGCUCCCUUUGGUCGGCAAUGCUGCUGAGCACAUCACCGCCGUUACCGUUGCCAGCAAAGGCAAGCUCGAUCUCGCCAUGAGUGUCGCCGUUGGGUCCUCGAUUCAGAUCGCUCUCUUCGUCAUCCCCUUGCUCGUGCUCAUCGGCUGGAUGAUCGGUCAACCGCUCACGCUCGCGUUCGACCCGUUCGAGACCUUGAUCCUCUUCUUGUCGAUCUGCGCGGUCAACUUUGCCAUUCAGGACGGUCGUAGUAACUGGCUUGAAGGUGGAACGUUGAUGAUGGCCUAUGUCGUCAUCGCCAUCGUCGCCUUCUACUAUCCCGGUACGCCCAUCUGA